UGCUCUGCCGUGACCAUCCGUGAACGAUUGCAUAAAAGACUCUCGUAUGUACCUGAAGUAUGCGAAUGGAGCUGAGAAUAUGAGAACGGAUCUGGCGGACCGGAUUGAUUUAAAGAGAUGGCGAAGCAGUUGCGAACAAUUUGGCUGAGUAAGUUUAGAUCAGGCUUGUUUCUUCUUUCUCCGUCUUAUAGUCAGCAAUAUUUCCAGGCCUCAUAGUGUCUCUCGGGAUACUACCACCACGACUCUACCCCUUGCCAUGGGUCUGCUAUCCCUUGGGACACCUCUAGCCUGGGAUGACGCCAAAAAGUACGCCGAUCACGUCAGGACGCACGGCAUCGCUCAGUUCUUGCAUAUAUGGGACCGUCUCAAGGACAGAGCAGGAGACGAAUUGCUGUGGGGGGAUGAGGUAGAAUAUAUGGUGGUCACCUUCGACAACGGGAAGAAGCACGCAAAAUUGUCUUUACGCCAGACGGAGAUUCUAGAGAAACUUCAAACGAUCACAAAUGACAUGGCAUCUGAUCGUGGCGAGACGGAUUCUGUUCCUACUUUCCACCCGGAGUAUGGCCGUUUCAUGCUGGAGUCGACACCAGGGUCACCGUACACCGGUAGUAUACCAGACCUCUUGUCAGUCGAAGGGGACAUGCGGUAUCGCCGUCGCCUAGCGCGCAAGUAUCUCAAGCCUCACGAGAUUCCAAUGACAAUGACCUCGUUCCCUCGACUGGGCACCCCCGGCGUGUUCACAGAACCAUAUUACGAUCCCGCCGACGCUGUUUCGAGUCACAGUCUCUUCGUGCCUGAAGAGAUAACAAACCCUCAUGCACGUUUCCCAACUCUUACGGCGAACAUUAGACGAAGGCGAGGAUCCAAGGUCGCCAUUAAUCUGCCAUUAUAUAUUGACGAUCGGACACCUCGUCCCUUUGUUGAUCCUACAAUUCCGUGGCAACGGAACAUAUACCCCGAAGAUCCAGAGGCAAAACAGGGUGCCGCAUUAAUAGACCAUGUAUACAUGGAUGCCAUGGGAUUCGGAAUGGGCUGCAGUUGCUUACAGCUGACAUUCCAAGCGUGUAAUGUUGCUGAGGCGAGACGUUUAUAUGACCUGCUGGUACCUGUGGCGCCCAUCAUGCUCGCCCUCACCGCUGCUAGUCCUCUAUGGCGGGGAUAUAUCGCUGAUGUAGAUUGUCGAUGGGACGUUGUAGCAGCCAGCGUUGAUGAUCGCACAGAGGAGGAACGUGGUCUGAAGCCUUUGAAGGAGAGCCGCUUCCAGAUUCCGAAGUCACGCUAUGGCAGUGUCAGCCUAUAUAUUUCCGACGAGUGGUUGAAUAGACCGGAAUACAGCGACAUCGAGGCUCCCUUUGACCCCGCGAUUUUUGAACGGUUAAAGGAUCAUGGCAUCGACCCCAUUCUUGCGAAACACAUGGCACAUUUAUUUAUUCGGGAUCCCCUAGUAAUCUUUUCAGAAAUGAUAGACCAAGACGAUACUACCAGCAAUGACCACUUUGAAAACAUUCAAUCAACCAACUGGCAAACCCUACGUUUCAAGCCUCCUCCAGUAAACUCACCUAUCGGCUGGCGAGUAGAGUUCCGAUCCAUGGAAGUUCAGCCCACCGACUUCGAGAACGCCGCAUUCGCGGUGUUCGUUGUUCUCCUUUCUCGCGCUAUCCUUAACUAUAAUAUGAACCUUUAUAUACCCAUAUCCAAGGUUGACGAGAACAUGGCUCGUGCGCAACGCCGUGACGCUAUCCACACCCAGAAAUUCUACUUCCGUAAAGACGUCUUCGCACCCGGUCAACCAUCACCUAUCUCUACCCCUGCUUCGUCUGGCACGAGCUCACCCAUAGAUCCUACCGCAACAAACGGCAUACCGCUUCAUAAGGAGAGAAAAAUGAGGAACUGUUUCCCUCCACCGCUCAAACCUGAGACGUGGCAUCCGCAAAACCCUAUUGAGGACGAGUACGAUGAAUAUACUUUGGAUGAGAUCAUCAAUGGCAAGAACGAUCACUUUCCCGGCUUGCUGAAGUUGAUCUAUGCAUAUCUCGAUACACUGGAUAUGUGCGAGCAUGAGCAAGUCAGAAUCACCCAGUAUCUAGAUUUGGUCAGGCGCAGAGCGAACGGUUCCCUCAUCACUCCGGCGACAUGGAUCCGAAACUUUGUACGGUCCCAUCCAGCGUACAAAUUUGACUCGGUUGUCAAUCAGGAGAUUAACUAUGACCUCAUGGUCGCGGUGGAUGAGAUUGAGCGCGGUAUCAGGGAGGCUCCAGAGUUCCUUCCUCCACAUCUCUGUCGUAAUGCAGACCUCAACGGCAUCUGAAUGAUCCCGCGUCUGGAGCUUUUCUUGGUUUAUGAGUGGAUUCAAAAUCCAACGGACUGGAGGAUGAAUUGAAAGGACAUCGAAGUAUUUCUUGCAUCACAGCACGCUAAGCACAGAGAACGAGAUAUAACAUCCAUACAGCACAGACCGCUAUCAACCACCAUUUGUAUCCUAGACAUAACAUAUGUAUUCAUUUUCAAGAGGCUUUUGUUGAAUCCUUAUUGUCGUAUUGUCGUACCUGCAGCUUAAGUUUCACGGUAAACAUUGUAUGAAACGAUUCUGAGUUUCUAUCUCCUCUAUUGUAUAUCCACAUUUCCCGAG